UUAACUGUAUAAACAUAAAAAAUAUGCCCUCUUUUCAGAAAUGAAGCUGCUGAGCUACGCGAUGUCAUCAUCAAAGCAAAAGCUACUGGAAUUGCAUUGGAUCAGGAAAAAGUCGAUCAAUACAUCAAGGCAAUGUCCUUAACCGGUAGUGAGAAGGAAAAUGCUGAAAAGUUGGCUGCCAUGUGGAUGUACACAGCGCAGAUGGGCAGCUCACGCAGUUUGCCGCAAACCGGUAGCGGUCGCCCGAUUAUGUUGAUACCAGCUGGAAGUACAAAUAUGUUGGCUACCCCUCCUCCACCCGUACCGUCAGUACCUGCGACAAUGGUUGUUCCCGGUGUACCAUAUCGUCCCGGCAUGACCUACACUCUGCCCUACGUACGUCCUGGUUCUGUGAUUUAUGCGCCAGCCGGCAGCGCACCCAGUGGCACAUAUCGCACACACAAGAGCAGCAAAUCUGUUGGACCACCGCAUAACCGUCGCCGCCGUCCGGGACCACCGCCGCCACGCGCUGGAAAAAUGAGCGCCAAUCGUCGACAACGUCGCAAAUCCGAGGCAGAUAUAAUUGACAACGAGGCCUUUCAGUACACGGGGCUCGAUCGCGAUAUAGCAGAUAAUUUUUUGGCGCGUCAGGAGCAAACCAACAGCCAGCCGGGAAGCCAUGUUGACUACUCUUCUUCGUCGACGACGGCUAGUGAGACAUAUGGUAAGCAGCGGUCGCGCUCAUCGUCCAAAACGAAAAUCGUUUGCCGCGAUGUGGUGAUGUAGCGCAGAGCUCUUGAGUUGAGUUGAGUCGAGUCAUUUGAUUGUGGAUUGAGUAUUUUUGCGUGCGUUAAUCCAAGGGACAGUUAAGCGAAAUAAUAAACAGACAUGCAUACCUAACUGUAUAAUAUUGUAAUACUCGUAUGCCUUAUUUGAUGUUUGCUAUUGUAAAUAACUCUAUUAUACAUAAACUUAUUAUCUAGUUUAUUCGAUGCUGCAACUUUGCUUUCUACAAAUACAACUAAUCGUAGGAUUGAGAUAUUGAUAUAAAAAUAUAUACGUUAGACAACCUA